AUCAUUAUAUAUAUAUAGAUAUAUAAGCUAUUGUAUACACAAGAAUUAGGAUCCAGCGGACAAGUGUUACCUAUUUGCUAUCACUGUCGUCCUAGUAUAUAUAUGUAGUUUAUAUCUGCACAUUAUAUUCUAUAAUGUAUAUAUAGUUGGUUUGUUACAAUUGUUAAUAAAAAGUUGGUUGAUACAAAUGAAUUAAUUAAGGAGUAAGUGAGGAUUAAUUAUCGAGGAUUAAUUAUCGAAAGAGAGAAAUGCACCACUGAAUGGGUAUAACCAAGAAAAGUCAAGAUUAGUACUAACUACCCUUCUGUUUUGUUGAAUUUCUUCCUCGAUCCAAUGCAUGCAUAGCAUCAAUCAAUCAUACAUUCGUGCCAUAACAUAAUUUCAGUUACGAACUCUCUCAUAUUUACUCCUUCCCAUGAUUAUAUAAUCAAAAACACUAACAAAAAUACAUAAUACUGCAGAUGUCUCUCGACUUAAACCCAAACAAAAUAGUGGAUUAGUGAUCUAGAGUAAACCCAUUUUCUGUCAAGUGUUACUUGAGUUUACACACAUAAGUUAGACAUGCAUGCAAGUGCAAAAGGAAUAAUUAUAUCUGGUUGACUAUAAAAAUAAGAAGGUAAGGAAAAUCGUAUUUAUUUUACUUAUCUUUUUGAAUUAAAAAGGCCUUAAUAUUUGAUAAAGAAAAAGGCUUUAAUCUAUAAUAUGGGGUAAAAAGUUACAAGGUAACAAAAAAAAAAGAGAUAAGUUUAUCCUCAUAUAGUACCUGGAAAUAACAGCACGUAAAAAAAACAAAGAUAAGUACUAUGCCUGAGUACAUGUACAAAUACACAACACAUAUAUGCAAAGAAAUCAGGAACAAGAUAAGACGUAAAGCUAUUUGCCUUCUCCUCUUCAUCUCCCUCUCUAAGCAUCUCAGGGAUUAUCACCAAUGGCGGCUUCUCUCUUCUUCAUGCCAAGAGACCAAAACCCGAACGAGUUUCUGAGAAACACUUACCUUGUCAACGACUCCAGCGAGAUCCCGACAGAGCCGCCACAGAAUAGUCAUGGUCGGAUACCGGGAUCCGAGACAGGUAACCAAAAACCAAAGAAACAAGUGCUGAGAGGGAUGGGUGUGGCAAGGCUCGAGCGACUCAGAAUCGAAGAAGAAUGGAAGAACAUGGUCCUAGCCCAAGGAGGAAGAGGAGCGAGCCCUAACGCUACCCGUUCACCCGACCCGGGUGUUGUGCUACAAGGCUUCCCAAGCUACGGUACUGGUGGGCACAACAUGUCUGUCGGAGGGUAUACUCGAAACGGGUCGGGUCAGAUCCCGGUUUAUUCCCCAUGGGGUGUUGUAGGGACCUCCACUCACGAGCCCUCUUCAGUCCCAACUCCUCAAGUGUAUAACCCCUCGAAUAUUCACUGUGAUGCUUGCUACAAGAGGCAACGUAUCAAUGAAGAAGUACGAGCCAACGGUGGUGGGUUUCCUCAUUUUCUUCCACCAGAUCAAAGGAGCCAAGGCUUCUUUUACGAUCAUAGAAUCGCCAGAUAUCCAGCCUCACCUUCUGCUUCUACUAAUCAGGGCUCAAUGGAGGAAUUUGGGAGCGGAAGCCCUAGAAACGGAACAGGAGAUGUGAAGGAGUACCAGUUUUUCCCUGGAAGCGAUGGUAAUAAAUCGGUUUCAUCAGUGUCUACAUCAGUUGGUGAUUGCAGUCCCGACACAUCCACCAUCGAUUUGACCUUGAAGCUUUAAAUGUUCUUUAACAUAUUUUUGAAACAUUUCUGGAGAAUUCUCACCUUUUUUCUCUUUCUUUAAACUAUAAACAAAUCGUCUUUUUGAUUUCAUAUAAUACAGUAAAAAAAAACUUAUGAACAGAAGAAGAAAGACCCUUUUUGGUGUAUGCAUCUGAAGGCUAAAACAAAAGAAAGAUUCAGGUUUUUGAUUACCCUUUUGGUUGUUUAUUAUGAGAUUCUAACCUAAAGAAUCAGACAUGUGUUCUCUGUUCUCUUCCUUAAUUUGUGUCAUGAGACUUCUCUCAUUUCCCUCUCUC